GUUCAUUUCCAGCCGGACACAUAUUUUGGUGACGCCGGUUUGCCGGCACGCUAGCAGCAGAAUGCUAAGAGGCUAACCCGGGAGCACAACUUGGGACGUCUGCUCGCUUCCCGGUGGUCGUCCGCGGAAGCCGGCGGCAUGCAGGCCGACUUUCGGCCUCCCCGGCGUCGCUGCCGGGUGUACGAAGAGUACGCGGCGCCGCUCCCCGCGAGCCGAAGGAGACCGACGACGAGCUGCUUCCGGGCGGACCUCGUCAACCGACACGUGCUGGUCACGGAGCCCGAGCACGUCGGCGAGAUUCACAAGCGGGGAUAUUUCGGGAAAGGCGUCCUGUCCAGAGCCCGACCGGAGCGCGGCCUCGCCGACCGAUGGCAGCAACACGAAGGCUUCCUGCUUCCUGUCAUCACACAGGCCAGGUACGAGGAGCUGCUCGGGUGGGCGGAGUCGGCGCUCCUGGCUCAGGGGUUGGCUCAAGAGGCCGUCACUCAAAGGCUGCUCCGACUGCGUCAGCCGGUCCACCCGGACGAGCUGAGGCGCGAAGCCGAGGAGGUUGACGAGGCGGAGGGCGGGGACGGGGACGCUCGAGCGCACCCCUACGCGAACUUCAGUCUUGACCCCGAGCCCGAACUGAGUCCGAGUCCAGUUUGUGAGCUCAGUUCCGGCCCGAGCCCCGACGCCGCCCCUGACCGAGGAUCUGCCUCGGAUUCCGACGCCGACCUGGAUGACGGUUCUUUAGUUCCGGGUCCCGGUUUCGUCUUCGUGGCCUCCGACGCCGACCGCGUCGCCGUGGAGGUGCGGCACCUCAGACGGAAUCCGUUACGGCUGAGCGAAUAUCUACAACUGGGCCUGGAGGAGGCCUUCUUCCUGGUCUACAGCCUGGGCUGCCUGUCCGUCCACCUGGAGCAGGAGCCCCUGUCGAUCGCGCAGCUUUGGCGGCGGUUCGUCUCGCUGCGCCCCGACUUCGUCAGCGCUUACGCGGCGUACCACCACUUCCGCAGCCGGGGGUGGGUCCCCAAAGGAGGAAGCGGCGCCAAGUACGGCGUGGACAUGCUGCUGUACAGGAAAGGUCCUCCUUUCUACCACGCCAGUUAUUCCGUGGUGGUGGAAAAGGCGGACGAGCGUUUUGCCGGCUCAACGAUGCGUCCGUUUUCCUGGCGUUCUCUGGCAACUUUGAGCAGAAUCACCGCCAACGUCUCCAAGGAGCUGCUGCUGUGUUACGUCAUCCGUCCGGCCGACCUAUCGGAGGCUGAGCUGGACUCGCCCGCCUGUCUGAGCAAGCUGAAAGUUCAGGUGGUCCUGGUCAGCAGGUGGGUUUCCUCCCGAGAACGUGCCGAGCAAGAAGACGUCUGAUUGGCUGACAGCAGAGGGGGCGUGUCCGCAGAGGAGUGGAACGUGUGGACGUGAAGUUAGGAUGAUGAUGAUAAACAUUUCAGUCAAAAAAAUAAAAAUAGUAAUCCCAAUAAAACCAAUAUAUAUAAUCAUAGAUAUCAACAGGCUCCAUUGCGAGAAGCCUUUUUGCAAAGAGAGGUUUUUAAUGAGGUGGUUGGGGGCGGAGUUCCAGGUCUUGAGGUUUGGGGGGCACCCAAUCGUGCCAACAGCAACUUUUUGGUUUGUUUUCUCCACUAAAUAAACAUCUUGUGUGCGUUUCUUGAUAAA